CUGGGAUCGAUCCUUCGCCAGGGCAGCCGCAGCCUGGUGUCGGAAGCGUCGUUCAACGCCGAGAUCGGCUUGCCGAUGUCGGUGCUGCGCAUGACCGGCCACGAGCGCUUUGCGGUGUUCGAGGUCGGCAUCUCCUCGGUGGGCGAGAUGGAGCGCUACGCGGCGCUGGCGCGGCCGGAACCUGCGGUGAUAACCAACAUCGGCAGCGCGCACAUCGGUCGGCUCGGCAGCCCGCGCGAUAUCGCGCGUGAAAAGGGCGCGUUGCUGCGAUCGGUCGCGCCGGCCGGUCGCGUCUACCUGCGGGAGGGGGAACCGGCGGCCGAUCUGCUGCUGGCCGGUGUUCGCGCCAAGGUCGUUCGCUUUGGAUCGAAUUCGACGAUCGGGUAUGAGCGAAGCGAGAAUUUGGGGCUGGAUGGCUGGUCCAUCCAUUGGGAAGGGCUCCAAUUCCGCUUCUCUCUACCCGGUCGCCAUAACCUUGACAACGCACUGGCGGCGCUGACCGUGGCGACGGAGCUUGCGUGCGAUCCGGCAACCGUCGCCGCGGGCAUCGAAGCCGUACGACCGGCGCCCGGCCGCCUCCGCGUGCGUCGUGCGCGGUGCACCGUCAUCGACGACGGAUACAACGCCAACCCCGAUCGGUCCGGGCGGCUCUGGCCGUGCUGGCCGACGCGGGGUCGGCGACGCGGGGUCGGGCGACACGGGUCCGCGACGCGGUUCCGCGGCCGGAAUCCGGUGAUCGGGCCGUUCGUCGGGUGGUGGUGCUUGGGCCGAUGCUGGAGCUCGGGCGUUACAGCGCCCGCGCGCAUGUCGAUCUGCUGCGACCGUUGA